CGUCGCCCAACAGACCAUCCUCGCCGUCGAUCGCCAGACGCAGGGAGAGCUGCUGAUGCCGCCAAAGUACCGCUUUGCGCGCCUCGGCAUGGCCCUCUUGGGCUUGCGGGUGUGCAAUUUGCUACAGGAGCCUCAGCGCUCGGUCGCAAGGUCGCGAACAGGACGGGCAGGCGCGUGAGCCAGCUGCGGCAGCUGCGGCUAGUGCGCCCUGGGGGUUCUGACUGCAGAAUGUGGCAGCGGCUCGACAGCAGUGCCAUGCCCUGCCUUGGAAUCGCUGGGAUCGGGGCAGCACAAGCAAGUCUAGGACGAGGUGAAGUAACGCCACGGCAUGCUCCCACGCCCCCCACAUCAGGCCGCAGACGGAGAGCGGCCACGUGCACCCCAGACUCGACUCACAGCGGCACAGAGAGCACAGCGGCGCCCUCUUAUGCUGCUCAUCGGCGUGCGCCGCGCGGGCCCGCCAUUUGCCAUCGCGCGUCUGCGAGAAUGCCGAGGCCGCGCCCGCAAGACGGCUGCUGCUGCUGCUGCGCUUGCCAAUCGCAGCGGACGCGUGAAGCAUGAAGUGAAGCACAAGCUGAAGGGUGCUGCGAGCUUGGAGCGGGCUCGGCGGGCGUCCAUGCGCAGCAUGAGGCGAGCGGGAGCCGAGGAGGCCGAGGAGCGCCGUUGCGGAACCGCUGGGCGUGCGAGAUCGCGCCAGAGAGAGGCACGCGAGCAGCACGCCGCACUGCCGCGUGCGCGGCGACGAUGACGAGCGGCUCGAUCGCGCGUUGCGGCGCAGCGU